GCGGCCCAGCCUCACCCAGACUCUACUUCCAGCGGCCCCCAGGUCAGUUGCGUUUGAGACCCCUUACCGGGUAAGAGUGUGAUGGGUAGGUGGUGUGCAACCAGUAUGCACGGGGAAAGAAGACUUGUGCCUUCUUUUUCCACUCUGAUCAUGCAAACCUGGCCUGAGUAUAGUUAUUCCAUGAAUUAGCUACAAGCCUUUAUAGUCGCAAUAAAGAGCCAUAUAUAACAAAGUGGAGUUCCUUGGCAAAGAUCAAUAUAUGCAUAGCUCAGCAAAAGACUGAAACAGCUUUGGAUGCAGCUUUGGAUGCAACAAUAAAUCCAAAAGAAUUUAUGGUUCCAUCUAAACAGCAAGACCAGGAAGCUUCUAGGUUAAAAUGCCAUUGCUUCCAGCAAAUUUUGCUGUUGACCAGUCUUGAUUAAAUACAGGGGAGUUGCCACUACAGAUCACUAUCAGAUACUCAGUCCUGGCAGGGAAACCUAGCUCAUGUGCUGCACCUCGCUAGAUACUCCUGUCUCUUCAGUUCCCGACACAUCAUAGGACACAUUCCAGACCCACUGUCCUGCAGAUUCCUCCCCCUGCUAUCCUGUUCCCAUGGAAGGCAUUCCUGGUCAAGCAGCCAGGGCCUCCAUCAAGGUCAGGUCUUCCGGCUAUAGAAGACAGACCAUAUCAGCAUCCUGAGUCUUGCCUAGUCCAGCUUGUAAGAAGCUAAAGGGGCUCAUGGUAGAACUGAAUUCUUAGGCAUCUGGCUUCCUGUGGCUGUGCUCCUGUACACAGCAUCCAGGUGUGAUUCAGAACUGGUGUCAGGGUUGUAGUAGCCUUCCCUGGAUUGGGGCAAAAUCUGAUCACUCAAAAGUAAAAGAUGUUGAAAGAGAAAGAAGACAUUCAGAAAAAAAGAAGGAAGAAAGCAAGAACAGUGUGGGAGAGGAUUCCACAAACAGAGAUGAAGAAUGGGAAUACAGGCACAAGACACACAAGGAAGAAGAAUCGGAGAAGGACAGAAGGAGAAAGCACAGAGAGAAGAAAGAACAUGGACCUUCAGCUGCGGAAGGAAAAGAGAAGUAUAUGCAAUUAAGAAGUCUAGCAUCUGUCAAGGAUGGGGAAGAAGGACAUACGACUAGGAAACAUAAAGACCGAACUCAUGAUGAAGAAAAGCAUCAUAGGGAGAAUAAUGAAAAACGACAGAAAGAAAACAGUGAAAAAAAGAGGAGAGACCAUAAGCACAGUGAACACAAAAGUGAAGGGAAAAGCUCAAGGCAUGAAGAUGAAUUAGAUCGUCCAUAUGAAAGGAGUAAAAAGGAAAAGGUAAAGAAACACAGCAAGAGUUUAAGAGAGGACAAGAAACAAGAACCCCACAAAGGUGAUGACUUUACAGCGGCGGGACCAUUUCACAGCAGGCAAUCAAAGGAAGAAGAAGCAAAUGAACAGAAAAAGGACCCAUUUCACUCAGAUGCAAAUUUUGAUUAUUCAGUGAACUAUGAAGAUGAUUUUGAGGAUUAUGAAGAUGAUUUUGAUGAGGUAGAUGAUGAAGAUGGUGAGGAGGAUGAAAAUAGUCAGGAGCAAGAAAGGGCUGACAGAGAAACCGAAGAAAAAAUAAGAAAAGUUCCUAUUGCCAAGAACUCAGAAAUAGAAGAAAUUCAAAAAGCAAUUAAUGCUGAAAAUGAAAAGAUUGAGACCUUAUUUCCCAAGCAAGGAAAGAAGGAAUUCCUCCCAAAAGAAUGUGAGAAGAAAGUGAGAAUGGACAGGCAAGGUUCUCCUGCUCACAGCCCUGUUUCUGGAAAGUUCAUUGAUUUUCGGACUGCCAAACAGCGACAGAGUAUCAGAAAAAUGGCCAGUCAGCAGAAGAAACGUAGCUUUGAACUUCUCCGUCUUAUUGACCUCGACUUUUCAGUCAGCUUCUGUUUGCUCGAUCUGCCUCCAGUGAAUGAAUAUGACAUGUAUAUUCGAAACUUUGGGAAAACAAAUACUAAGCAGGCCUAUGUUCAGUGGAAUGAGGAUAAUUUGGAAAGGGAUGUUCAGACUGAGGAAAUAGAGACGCAAGAGAAAUGGACACAACAUCCAGGAGAAACUGCCCUUGUGUUUGGAGGUGGUCCAAAAAGCAGCACUGAUAUGUCUGUCCUUACACCAAAAAUUGAUUCCCAGAGACUGGCAAAUUUUCUGCGAUCUGCUUGCCAGGUGAUUGAAGUUCUGCUUGAGGAGGAUCGAGUAGCCACACAGCCUAGACGAAAUCUAAGGUCACGAGCAUCCAGUCUUUCUAUUAGCGAUAGGUGCUUCCAGUUAAAUACCAAUCUUCCUUUCCUGAACGGUCGAAAAGUUUCCUGUUUGCACAUCUCACAAGCUCAGAGGCAGGCUCUACUAUCUGUUCAUGGAUUACCUGACACAUCAGGUCACCCAGUACUGGACAGCAAAUACAUCAUUUGUGUGUGGAAUGUAUGGCAACCUUCUAGUCCUCAGAAAUUAUUAUUUUGUGAAUCACAGGUGACAUGCUGCUGCUUUAGUCCUAGUAAAGCUACACUAGUGUUUGCUGGAACAGUGGAUGGUUCAGUGCUGGUAUGGGAUCUCAGGGAACAUGCAAGGAUGCACCACUGCCUGAAGGUCAAUGACACAGACUGGACAUUUAGAUCUCCAACAUUUUCUACUGAUGGAGUAUUCACCUCAGUAAACCACACAUGCCCGGUAUUGACAGUUGAAUCUGUCUCAACAUCUGUCUGCAAGGAGCAGAAUUGUGGUCUCUCCUAUCUCUCAUCAAGUGAAGAAAUGUUAGGACUCUCAUUUCAGAUUGCCUCGAUGGAUGAAAAUGGGACUCUCAGUUUAUGGGUAGUAGUGGAACUUCAAAAAGGGGAUUUGGCUGGUUCACAAAGUGAUUUAGGCUUAAUUCCUGGUGGGAAGAUAAAGUUGGUUCAUAGCUCUAAAGUUCAGCUAAACUGCAGCUUUUCCCCAAAAGACACCAUGAUGGUACCCCAGACACUGAAUAUUAAAUUUCUACCUUCAAAUCCUAAUCAUUUUGUUGUUGGAACAGAUGUCGCUGUAGUGAGUCACGGUACAAGGCAUGAACUAAAAGUACCUCCCAGGUGGUUCAAGCCCCAGCAAGGGGGAUCAAGAUCAACCAGAGUGAACACAAUAGACUUCUCCCCUUUUGGAAAGCCAAUAUUUUUGGUGGGCUGUUCAGAUGGGAGUAUAAGAUUGCACCAAAUAACUUCUGAGUUUCCACUGAUGCAGUGGAACAACAGCACAUCAGGACAGGCCAUAGUUGCCCUCCAGUGGGCUCUGACCAGGCCUGCCGUGUUUUUUGUUUUGGAUGCAAUGUCAGUUGUGUACAUUUGGGAUCUUCUGGAAAAUGACUUGUCACCUGUAGCCAAGCAACCUAUCUGGUCAGAUAAGGUUAUAACUAUGGCUGUUCUGGGUGAGCCUGAAAAACCCAAUGGUCUCCUAGGGAUUGUGCUGGCCAAAGAAUCUGGAAUAAUAGACAUUAAAUAUGUAAAGAAGAAAUGGGCCCUACCUCAACAGGAAGAGUCUGAGAAAUUGAACCUACUUUUGCAGCAGGCCUUGUAAAAUCCAAGCAAUGCCUUUCUAUGAAUACAUAAAUAUGACUAUAUGAUUUUAGGUGUAUUUAUUUAUAUUUGGGUUUUAGCCAGGUAUCACCUGGUUAAAAAGAUAUAAUUUCAUAUUUUUUCAUUUGUAUUUUUGUAAAUACUAUUCAUAUAUUUUACAAGUAUCAACACAGUAUUAGAACUUGUGAUAGAGAAUUUUUUAAUCAAAUGCAAAACAGAACAAAUAUUCAUGAUGUCAGACCUAUAAAGGAGAUAUAAAUUGUAUUUAUAUUUAUUUCUGAAAUGAUUUACUUGUAAUAGACUAUGCAUUUUAAGUGUUUAAUAGAUAUUUUGGAAUAAAAUUGUGAAUAUGCAGGCCCAUGAAAUUUUGGGUAUCUGUUUUUAAAUUGCA